GCAUUGACGUCACCGUUCACUGGGCGACUCAAUACAAUAUGGCGGCCGUGGGGUCGACGUGAAACUUUUACUGCGUUUGCAUGUAGUUUUUAAACACUGAACAUUUCAACAGAGACGUUUAAGACAACAUGGCGGACAGGGCGGAAGAGCCGGCUCCGAGGAAAAAAGGGAAGAAGGGAAAGGGGAAGAAGAAAAGGUCUACAGUCACGGAGCCAACUACAGAAGAAAUAGAGCGUGGACAAGGUGACGGAGCAGACAUUGAAAACCCAGGCGUGCAUGCAGUUCUAAACACUGAAAACGACAACACAAAAGACAACAAAGCAGAGCCAGCUCCUAGGAAGAAAGGAAAAAAGAAAAAAGCUAAAGUAACAGAGCCUCCCACGGAAGACAUAGAGCGAGGACAAGAGGACGCAGCAGACGUUGAUAUGCAAGCCAUUGAUGAGUUGUUGAAAAUAUUAAACUGUGUUUUCUUGGUGAUCCUUCACCGCAAGUUCCAAUUGGUUGUAGAUUCCAGAUUGGAAAGUGAAUUAGAUGAGUUUAUUCCCAACGCAGGUGACAUUGAGCAGGGCCUGUCAGUGACAGAGACCAAGUUAGAACCAGGGACCAAUUUAGAAUCAGAGCCCGAUUUGAAACUCCAGGCCGACUCCGAACCAACUCAACUGCUUGAAGAGUCUUUCCCAGAUGCAGAAACCGAUCGGCCAGGGGCCUCGGAGACACAGACCGUAUUAGAUGCCGAGGCCAGUUUGGCAACAGGGCCCAAAUCGGAACCAGAACCCAAAUUGGAAUUGGAGCCCAAAUCAAAACAAGACGCAGCAGCCAUUCUGUCUCCAGUGACACAGGCCCAAGUCAAAAUUGAGGUUCCGGAGGCAAAAGCAAAGUCUCCCUCUCCAGAACCAGCUAAGGAUCUCCUGGAUGAUCCCUUAGAAACUGCACCCACGGAUAGCCCAUUGACUGAAGAGCAGCCUGCGUUGGAGGCUAAGGCCGAUACUGUCAUAAUGAUGGAGGACCAGCCUGGAGAGGAGGCUACACCGACGGAUGGGGACGUACCACUUGGGGACGGGGAUGUGGAAAGGGUUGCAUCACCAGUUAAAGAUGAUGACACCCCAGCCCGAGCUCGAACCCCAGCCCAGUACCCUGAAAUGGUAGAUGAAGAAGAGCCGGUCUUCAAACCGACCCCUCGCACCAUGGACCUAGGCAGCCGGGAUUUCGACAACAUCGACCCACGAGAGAUGGGCAUAGAUUACCUGUCCGACGAAGAAUAUCAAUACGAACCACCCGAGCGUGACGACCUGCCCGAUCUCUACAAGCUCAUGAAUACCUUAGAUGGCGGGGAAUCAGACUUGGAGGCGGAGGCCCCGCCCCCUUCGUUCUUCCAACGCCCCGAGCACGAGCCCAACUACAAGAAGAUCUCGGUGCUCCGGCAAGAAAUGGAAGAAGAGGAAAUCGAUCCUUACAUUAGUCAGUUUGACGACACCAUCAAGGACGACGUGCUGAUGAUAGGCAACAUCUCGCUGGAAGAAGUCCAGGAUGAAGAGCGACGUCUUAGGGAUGAACACAUCGCCUUCCAGCAGCAGGAAGCCGUCUUGGCCCGCAGACGCCAAGAAGACAUCUUGCUCCGAGAGGAGCAUGCCAAAGGUCACGUGACCAAACUCAUGAAGGAGAAACGCAAGGCGCUGUCCCGCCGAGAGCAACUCAACUUGCAGAAGGAGCGACUUCUUCAGGAUCAGCUUCACAAGACUUUUAGGAAGUCGGAAAACCAACUCCUGCGAUCGCUGGAAAUCAGAAAGGGGGAAGUCAAGACUAUGUAUGGGGAUCUCAUGAUGGCCGACGGGCAGUACGGAGGUUCUAAAGGUCGUCGUUGGAAAGUGGAUUGGAACCGCGCACCACAGCCGAUUCAGAUCAAGCUGAAAUGUUUGAGGGGCGUUAAAGAUAAGCUGCCUUCUGGACGUUAUAUCUUGAUGGUCUCUCUCUACGAUCGUAUCGGUGGUCACGUCCUGCGCUGGUCCAGCUUACGUGGCCAGGAAUGGGGCGGGGCUACCCUCCCCAUGAAUCACGAAGGCCGCUUCCAUAACGUGGAGAUCAAGAUUGAUCAGAGUCUGUUCACCGUCUGCCCGUCCAAGCCCAGCAUCCGUCCAGGCAUGAUGCUCCAGUUCGAACUCUUCCUAGCCCGCGGGUCCCUCCUCCCUGUCGACAAGGUGGUCGCGUGGGGGGUGUUCCCGAUCUGCGACGGCCAGUUCAACAUCAUCCAGGGAAAGUACGUUACCCCUAUGUUACGGGGUGAAGCUGACCCGCAGAUGGACCGUCACGAAACCAUAGAAAAACUGAUGGCGUCCGACAUUGACCACUGGCUCAGCAACUUGUACUUUGAAGUGGUCAAGCUACCGAGAUACAUCGCCGGGCACAAGGAGUACGAAGUGGAGCUUCAGUUUUCCUCCAAUCUGCUGAGCUACCCCGAUCGCACCAGGACCGCUGAGGAGGCUGUGGACGGCGACGAACCGAUCAUGGGAUCCACGGCCGACGUGGUCUCGGCCUCAGGAGAUUUGAGCAACUCGAUCGGGAAAGGCUCGCAGGCCAGCUUGCAAGCAGGCAGCUCUGACAAGACUGGUGACUCUGCCGAGAAAGCAAGCAUCGAGCGCACCAAUGAGACUGGGUCCCAGACCGGAAGCCGAGCAAGCCUGAACAACAACGAAGACAUCAAACAGAAACUACCGACUGUUGACGACAAGCUGUCGGACCUGCGGUACCGUGGUGGGGGGCGGGGCCCAGACCAGCCUCCGCCCACCGUCAUCGGAUCUCGUAAGCUCAUCAGCAAGGAUGCCAAGAUGCAUCUUGACUCGGACGACGAGAACUCCGAGGACGAGGACUACCUGCAGAAAAUGGACGGGUUUGAGGCGGUCAAGGGAGAGACGGGCUUGUUCUACAAGCACCACAUGAACCCGCCAGCGACUGACUACAUGCGGCGUCUGUACACCAUGCUGCCUAAGACAGGAUUGCUCAGCCCGCUGCGGAAGAAGAAAAAACUGACUUAUCUUGAAGAGCUGGACACUCACACCUUUGCUGUUCAGAAACCGUUCUCCACCAAGGGUCGUCUGGCCCGGGCCGGCCACGAGAAGGUGCAGUACAUCUCUCGUCAGCUCAUGUCGGAGCUGGGCCUAUCCCAAUGGCGUUCCAGGGAGUUCUGGACCCUCAUCGUGCUGUUCUGCCUGCUCUUCUUCGUCCGUGUCUACAUGCACUACCUGGGCCAGUGGGGAUACCUCAACAUCAUCGGGAUUCCCAUCAGCAAGUUUGAGCUUCUGCCAUACAGUGUCAAUCUCAACUACCAAUCAUCUCUCCUGCACACUCGCGAGCUGGUAGCCGUGGUCAUCCUAGGCCCGCUCACCAACAUCACCAUCCUGGUCCUGAUGGUCUUCGCGGCUUGGCUGUGCCAGAAAGCCGCGGGUAGCUUCCCCACGCUGCUCUGCAAACUCGUCAUCGUCUACAGCAUCCAUGCCGUCUUGGACCCGAUCCUGAUCGCGAUCGUGGAUGCGCCACUCGGGCGUUACAACUACGAAGCUGGCGACGAGCCAAUAGCAGAUGCGGCCAAGUUGUACUACCUCUUCCAACAGACGCAUGGCACCGGUCUGAUGGGCAUCCUCAUGACUGUCCCCAUCUACCUGUUCCUAAUGUUCUUUGCAGCCGUCGUUUUCUACAUGUACUUCCUGAGGCUGCAUAACAACGGCCGGAUGCUGGACAUCUUCCACCGUCUCCACGCCAAGCAGGAGGAGUUUUUCCUGCCGUACGAUCUGGAGAUCAGCAACCAGGAGCUGGCCUACAUCUGCAAGAAAGCCGAGCAGUGGCGGGGCGAGGAAGGGGAGAGGCGCAAAGUGGGCGUGUACGACUACAUCUGGGAGGAGGAAGAUGUUGAUGAGGACACGUUGGAUGGGGAGAAGGGAGGCAAGAGCAAGCAGGAGAUCACGACCCACGUGUCCAUCCACACGCUGCACCUGGACGGACUGCGUGAACUACACCGUCACUUCCUGCGCCUGCCUGACGGGGCCAUAGUGGAGGUGUUUGGGGAAAUGGGAGUGGUGGGUCUCGACAAGGAUCUCCGAGCGGCCUUACAGAAGGGCCCCACGGCGCAAACAAACUCGGGCUGGGACCGGAUGGGCUCGACGGACACCCUGCGCACCCGCCAACGGCCCAAGACCAUGGGGGGAUUCGGGUCGCAGGAUUUCCUGGACAUACCGCCCUCGCCGGGGGCCGGGGCCAGGCGGUUUGCGUCGCGCGAGUCGCUGCGGUCGGGAGGUAGCGGGGGAUCGCGGUUGAGUGUCGGGAAGGGACUCGGGCAAGAAUCCAAGGCUUAAGUACACUCGUAUAAACGGACCAUCCCUGUCUGUUAAUCAGAGUGUACAUUGACCAAUCAGAUCACAAGUUUUUGGUCAGGUGACCUCUGUAACUCAGUCAUACUGAGUUACAAGCACUGUGAGAUAAGGCUAAGUCCAGAACAGUCCAUAAAAUAAAGAUAAUAUAACAAAAAGCCUUUAAAACAAAAAAACCCUUAGUCCUUUGAAAACUGAAGGUGCGGAUACGAUGCACUCAAAAUAAAUUCAAUAAUUGUACAUGUGUGAUUCGUUUGUCCCCAUCUCUUUGAAAGAUGAUUUUUGUUUUGAAGUUCUUGAUAUUUUAUUUAGAUUAUUGUGUGCAUAUUACUCAAGAGUCUAGAUUCAUCAGAGGCAAAAUUGUACUUUUUUAGUUUAGAAGUUUAAGAGUUCCUUUGUGCGGUUUGAUUUUUGUUUUACUUUUUGUAUUUGAAAAUCCAAAGGGAGGCUGUGAAUCUAAAUUGAACCAAAUUUGGGACCAAAUUUCGCACUAAUGGAAUAAUUUAUGUUUUCAUCCCUUUUUUUUAUUAAGUUGACAAUUUACUUUCUUACAUGUGAGCUGUUAUCACAAAAUGAGUCUAAAGUCAGACUUUUGAACAAUUGAGAUGUUUAUUUAUAUUCUGCAGAACAAGAGUUUUCCAAUGGUAUAAAAUGUUUAGGGUUGCUGAGUUCAGUAACAGAAAUAUAGACCACUAACUUGAACUUGUAAAACUGAAUCUUCAGAAAAUCUUCUUGAAAAUCCUUUGGUUGUGUUACAGUGAAUGAACAGUAAAUAAAACGGUAUGAAAAUAAGUUUAAAAGAUGUUUGGCAGAACAAAAUAUUGGAAAAGGCAAAACAGGACUUACAGACUGAGAUUCGCCUGAAAACAAAAAAUUGACCACCCCGUCAAAUUCUGGCUUUGCCCCACUACAGCAAAAUGGAAAUUUCCAACUUCAAGCUCACUAUGCGAAGACAGAUCACAUAACGUCAAGUAGAAAACUUUUUAGAAACAUGUCACAUUCAAAUUACAGAAUGUUGUACAAAAUUAGAUUUUUCAAUCAGUGUGCAAAUUUGUUUAGGAUAUUUUUUACAAGAGUAUUUAACAUCUCAUUUCUUAUUUUUUUAUACGAAGCGUGAACUGAAUGUAUAUUUAGGCUAAAUCUAUGAGUUGAAUUGUA